AUGAGUGAAGGAAGGGCCGGUCCCCUAGCCAGAAGAGACAAUCUAUAUAUACAAAGCUUGCAGCCAUUUCGACUAAUUAUGAUGACACUACUGCUGAAGCUCGUUCUGGUGAUGCUACUGUUGAAGAGAGGAACCCCAUUGGUUUCUCCAAAUGGGUCGACGGGAGGCGACAUGGACGGAAACAGGUUGGUGGUAGCAGAACCAAAAGACUACUCCAAGUGGCUACACCAAAUCCAAAUGGGCUCAUUCAACAAGCAUGCCAUGUUCCAGAAAUCCAACAACAAGCCCAGGCCGUGCUUGACCCUUAAAGUGAGGAAGCACAAACGCCAGUCGAAAUCCUCCAGGAUGUUCACCACCCUGCACAAGGCAAUAGAUUCCAUCCCAGUUGUGAAUAACUGCCGAGUUGUCAUCUCCAUUGGCAAAGGAACUUUCAGGGAGAAGGUUGAGAUACCUGCAACGAUGGGCUACGUAACCCUCAAAGGCGCUGGUGCUGGGAAGACCAUUAUCGAGUGGGGUGACACAGCCGAUAGAAUUGGGAGAGAUGGGCAUCCAUUGGGAACUUAUGGCUCCGCUACUUUCGCUGUCAACUCUCCUUACUUCAUUGCCAGGAACAUUACCUUCAAGAACAAUGCACCACCACCACCAUCAGGAGCUCUAGGGAAACAAGCUGUGGCCCUUAGAAUCUCUGCUGACACGGCCGCGUUCAUUGGCUGCAAGUUCAUCGGAGCACAGGACACCUUGUACGACCACACUGGCAGGCACUACUUCAAGCACUGCUACAUCGAGGGCUCGGUCGACUUCGUGUUUGGGAACGGUCUGUCCUUGUACGAGAAAUGCCAUUUGCACGCAGUCACCAAUAGCUUCGGGGCCCUGACAGCGCAGAAGAGAGGGAGCUUGCUGGAGGAAACAGGGUUCUCGUUUGUGGGGUGCAAGGUCACUGGGUCAGGAGCUCUGUAUCUAGGAAGGGCGUGGGGGUCUUUCUCUAGGGUGGUCUUUGCUUACACUUUCAUGGACAAGAUCAUUACCCCUCCUGGGUGGUACGACUGGGGAGAUAAAAACAGGGAAAUGACUGUGUUUUUCGGGCAGUAUAAGUGUUCAGGGCCGGGAGCCAAUUUUGGAGGGCGAGUUCCGUGGUCUAGGGAGCUUACUGAUGCAGAGGCUGAGCCCUUUAUUUCUCUUGGUUUCAUUGAUGGCCAUGAUUGGCUCCCUGAUUUGUUGUAA